AGGAGGAACCCCCGAUUCUGAAGCUACAAAAAAGAAGAAAAAGAAAAAAAAGAAAAAGAAAUCUGGGGCAACAAAUAAUGGUGUUAAUGAUGCUAGUAAUGGAAAAAUAACUCAAACCGAGCCACCAUCGAUCCCAGUUAGUAGAUUUUUUCCCGAUGGCAAUUAUCCAGAGGGAGAAAUAUGUGAAUAUAAAAACGACAAUUUGAAAAGGAUAACUAAUGAAGAGAAAAGAUACCUUGAUAGAAUGCAUUAUGAAUACUAUAAUGAUCUUAGACACGCUGCGGAAGUACACAGACAGGUACGACAAUAUGCUCAAAAAACCAUUAAGCCGGGAAUGACUAUGAUUGACAUUUGUGAGCUAAUUGAGAAUGGAACUCGUACAUUGAUAGAGGAGAAAGGUUUGGAAGCUGGUAUUGGCUUUCCAACAGGAUGUUCACUUAAUCACUGUGCGGCUCAUUAUACGCCAAAUGCCGGUGACAAGACGGUUCUUCAAUAUGAUGAUGUUUGUAAAAUUGAUAUUGGCACACAUGUCAAUGGUCGUAUAGUAGAUUGUGCGUUCACUCUCACUUUUAAUCCAGUUUAUGAUAAACUCAAAGAAGCAGUAAAAGAUGCAACAAAUACUGGAGUUCGGGAAGCCGGUAUCGACGUAAGACUCGGUGAUAUUGGAGCUGCUAUCCAAGAAGUUAUGGAAAGUUAUGAAGUAGAAAUUAACGGAAAGACUUAUCAGGUCAAGCCAAUACGUAAUUUGAAUGGACAUUCUAUACUUCCAUAUCAGAUUCAUGCAGGAAAAUCCGUGCCAAUUGUGAAAGGAGGUGAUCAAACCAUGAUGGAGGAAGGGGAAUGCUUUGCUAUUGAGACUUUUGGCAGUACUGGUAAAGGUUAUGUGCACGAGGACGGUGAAUGCAGUCACUAUGGAAAACGUCAUGAUGUUGGACACGUUCCUCUUCGAGUUGCCAAGGCGAAAUCGUUGUUAAAUACUAUUAACAAGAAUUUUGGUACAUUGCCGUUUUGUCGACGUUACCUUGAUCGAAUUGGCGAAACAAAAUAUGCACUCGCGUUGAAGAACUUAGUCGAUUCUGGAAUCGUGGAAUCAUAUCCACCAUUGGUUGAUAUUAAAGGCUCGUAUACGGCACAAUUUGAACAUACUUUAAUUUUAAGACCUACUUGCAAAGAAGUUGUCAGUCGUGGUGAUGAUUAUUAAUGAUAGAUUGUGCAGAAAUAAGAACGUAGCCUUAAUUUAAUCGUCUAAAAUGCAUAAUUAAAAUUUAUCUUGUGACCAUAUGAUUUUUUCUUUUCUUUCCCUCUUUAUUAUUUUAAAAUUUAUCUUUAAAUUUUACUGCAAACCAUGUGUUUUCCCAAAAAUGUACAAACACCUGUUCCGAAGACUUUGACGAAGUCAAAUUAAAAACAUCAAAUGGAUGAGUUGUAUUUGCAAUAAAUUUUAGUAUACCACUUUUCAGGACAUGAAAUGAAACUUUGAGAAUCGAAUCAUUUCACGUUUUUUGAAGUGGAUCAUAUUAAAACACCAUUUUG